AUGUUAUCACUAUACCUUGCUAUCACGUAUCGUUCUUAUUUACCACGAUCUAAGAGACAGAAAAGAGCAUCAGAAGCAGUUCCUAAGAAGAAACAAAGUGAAAGUGUAAUGACAUCAAAUGUGGUGGAACAGCAUCUGCAACCAGUUCUCGACCAUCAAUUAAAACCACUAUCCAAAAGAGAGUCACAACCAGUUUCUAAGGAAAAUCUACAACAAGUUCCCGAAGGUGGAUCACUGCAACCACUCUUCGCAAAAAAUCAGCAACCGGUUUCAUUUCUAUCAACGGAUGGUCGAACUAAGGACCAAGCGAAAGAACAGCACUAA